AUGUCAACAUUGCGUUACCCAAGUUGGAAGAAUAGGCAGUGGUUUCAGCUCAGGUACAACCUCAGCCAUCAGGUGGCAGCCAUCGACGAGUUCUGGUCUCACAGCUGGCAAGCCUCCUCCUUCUGGAAGAUUUGCCUCCUCCUCGCGCUGAAGAAUGGCAGGGCAGCGUGUGUGCUGGGAACCAUCUUUGCAUGCCUUGGAGCCUUUGCCACCCACUCUGGGCUGUUGCCAACCGUGAUCUCCAAACUAUUUCCGCCACCGUACCGAACACCGGGGUUCCAUUUCGAGCACGACUUCGCGCCCUGGGCUUUGGUUUCUGGCAUCGUGGCUGCGCUCCUGACCUUGCUGCUGUGGCAACCCAGAGGGCUCGUGUUCGUGGACCGAGCUUGCAUCCAUCAGGGGGAUGCGCGGUUGAAGGCCGAAGGCAUCAUUAACCUUGGAGCCAUGCUAAAGCGGUCGAAUCGGCUUCUCGUCGUCAUUGACCGAACCUACCUUCAGAGGCUCUGGUGUGCCUUCGAAAUUUCAGCAUUCUUGAACACACACCAGAACGACAGGCUUGCCUCACUGGUGAUACUACCUCUAGGCCUCGCGAAGUCCAGCUUGUUCUUCGUCUUGGGAUCGGCGGUGUUGCUCAUCUCUGAUAUCUGUGCGCCGGUAGAAGUACUAGUGGGUGUACCCACAAGGGGAAUAGGCUUGUGUACCUGGUGCAUAGGGUUCAGCUCGAUUUUCAAGAUCUAUUGGAACGAGUUGGCCGCCGUAGAAGAAAUGUUCAACAACUUCUCCUGGGUCAACUUGAAGUGCUGCUGUUGCGAGCUGGACCACAAAGUCGACGGCACCGCUAUACCAUGCGAUCGCGAACUGAUUGCUGAGUGCGUUUGCCAGUGGUUUGGUUCGACCGAAGCCUUCGAAGAGUGUGUUCGCACCAGGGUCCGAGAUGUUUUCAUGGCCCAGCUGGUGCAUGGGGUCCCGUUCGGCUAUCCCUGGGCCCUGGCACUCUGUAUAGGCAGUCUGUGGAGUCAGAUGGAUCAAGCGACCGCCCGGGCCUCCAGGGGUGAUCAUGUGUCGAUGGCUCGAGCGCUGGCUACUGGAGUGAUGUGGUGGACUUGGAUUUUACCGGCCACGUACCUGGUUUAUGCCAGGAUUUCACAGUGGGUCAGGAAAUCGCCAACAUGCUGCCGUCAAAUUCUGGGUUUCGUUGCCUGCUUUUUGCUUUUCACGGUUCCGCAUUUGUUUCAGUACUACUCGUACGAGUACAUUUCUGAAGAUAACCACGCGUUUGCGAUGUUAGCCGGGACUACGCUCCUGCUUUCGCUAGCAGCAUUCUGCCUGUUGAAACGAUCUGCCAAGCAGGUCGAUUGA